AUGGAGGUGGUCAGCAUGGCUGUGUCACAAUGGGGCCAUCAGACUAGCUGGAGACAGAUGUUCUGGGCAGUGGGCAACAUGGCUGUGGCAGCACGGCGGACGUCUGUCAAGAUGGUGACAAAGGUUCAUGGCUUUGAUCAACGUGGAAGCACGACGGCAGUCUAUCAAGAUGGAGACAGAGGUGAUGAACACUGA